CACUCCACAAGUUCAACCAGUGAAAGUCCACUAACAAAAGAACAAUGGGAAAAAAGUGAACAGCAAACAAAGAUUAUGGAGACAGCGAAAUUGGAAGGUACUUCACCCCUCAUUGUGAUACCGACCACUGGUCAUGGAAAAGAACUAGAAGAACCUUGGGGAAGGAAAGGCAUGUUGCCUCUUCCUGGAUCUUUCACCUUUGAUCUUGAAGAAAAACUAGAAAAGCUUUAUAUGAAACUUCUAACGAUAAAAGGUUCUUCAUCUCUCCCCGUCGCUGAUCUUAAGGAAAAGCUAGAUCAAGUAUUUGAGGAAAUUCGGAUGCUGAGAAUGGAAGGUAGUUUUUCUGUCCUUAAACUUUCAACCAUUGAUCUUGAGAAAAAACUAGCUGAACUAAGCAUGAAGCUUCAGAGGCUCAGAAUGGAAGGUACUUUGCCUCCCCCUGAACUCUUUACUGCUGAUCUUGAAGAUGAACUAAAACAACUUGAACAUCCUACACGAAGAAAAAGAGAGAAAGCUGAGUGA